AUGGCGCACACACACACGACCCACUGCAAGAUAGACCAUUACUACAAAUUGGAGAAGAAAUAUAUGGACAUGAAACGGCUGGUGAUGGAGAAGACGGAGGAACUGAAACGCAGGGACAAAAUAAUAGCCCUGCUGGAGAACGAAAUAGACGAGAGGGAUGCUAAAAUAAGGUAUCUUAAGAAUGAAAUAGACAAAUACAGACAAGUGGUGAAACCGUUAACAAGGCAGAUAAUAGACAGCCAUAAGAAUGGCGUGGAAAAUGAGGAGGAUUGCUUCGUGAUGAAGACGCCGGGGUUGGAAAACACGAGAAUCCUCCCGUUAGGCGAGCAAAGGUUAAAGCGGACGGCCAUAUCGGCCGAGCCACUAUCGGCGCUGAGUCAGGAGCAUGAUAUGAAACUGGUGAAGAUACCAAAGACCCAUAAGUCCCGGGAACUUAUUAAGAGUGCCAUCUUGGACAACGACUUCAUGAAGAAUCUUGAGAUGACGCAGAUCCGCGAAAUCGUGGACUGCAUGUAUCCGGUAGAAUAUGCUGCAGGCAGUGUUAUAAUCAAAGAAGGCGAUGUUGGCAGUAUUGUCUAUGUUAUGGAAGAUGGCGCACACGCGGAUAUUUUCCAAAAAAAAGUUUUGGAAAUAAUAAAUUGCAAUAAAGAUUCUCAAGAUUUCUACGGAUAUUCU